UCCCGUAGGAAAAGCGAAAUACAUCAUCAUGCGUGUACUGUUAUGUACGGCUGUAUGCCAUACACACUUCUGCCGUAGCCGAGCAGCGGAAUUACACUGAUGGCCAAUUCCUUACAAUCUUAAACAACCUUUUGACAUCCGUUUGAGAUUUAAGUCACUGCCACAAGUGCGCAUCUAUUUUGCCAUGGAGCCGGAGGAGAAAAAUCCAGAUUCCAAAUAUGGUGAGGCAAGGAAAUUCGAUCCCACAUUUAAAGGCCCAAUUUAUAACAGGAGCUGCACAGACAUCCUUUGUUGUAUCCUGUUCAUCUUGGCUUUGCUGGGAUACUUUGCGGUCGGAAUUUUGGCUUGGUCUCAGGGUGACCCACGAAAAGUGAUAUACCCAACUGACAGUAGGGGUCAAUUUUGUGGACAGGCCGGCACCCCUCUUGAGAAGAAGCCCCUGUUGUUCUACUUCAACAUUAUGAAGUGUGCCAGUCCUCUGGUCCUGCUGGAUUUUCAGUGUCCUACUACACAGAUCUGCGUGGAGAGCUGUCCCACUAAAUUCAUGACUUUGGUGAAGACCUUAGGAUCAACUAAUAAUGAAGAUAAAGAAUACUACAAAAAGUUCUGUAAGGAAGGAGCAGACUUGACCAGCAUGGCAGCUCCUCAAAUCCUGAAGGCCGGCUUGUGUCCUUCAAUAAUCACACCUAGCAAUGCUUUCACGCGAAGGUGUUUGCCUGCUUUCGAGACAUUGAAGGGUGGUGUGGUUGUGAUUGGAAAUAAAACCACAUUCGAUGAUGGUGUAAGAACCGAUAGAAAUGUGACAGAUCUUCUCGAAGCCUCAAAGAAAUCCAAUGCAGUCGUGGAGGCGCGGGCGGUAGCCAUGAGAAUAUUUGAGGACUAUACUCAAUCCUGGCACUGGAUACUUCUUGGAUUGGUGAUCGCCAUGUUGGUCAGUCUAAUCUUUAUCUUCCUCUUGCGCUGUCUUGCUGGAGUCAUGGUGUGGGUUAUGAUCGUCCUGGUCAUUCUUGUGAUUGGAUAUGGUAUUGUCCAUUGUUACAUGCAGUAUGCAAGUCUGAAAGGCCAGGCCGGUUCUGAUGUCACUAUCAAAGAUUUGGGUUUACAGACAGAUUUCUCCGUAUACCUGCAGAUUCAGCAGACCUGGCUUGCCUUUAUGAUCAUCCUGUGUAUCGUGGAAGUGGUGAUCAUAUUGCUCCUCAUCUUCCUCAGAAAGAGACUUUUGAUCGCUAUCGCUCUCAUCAAAGAGGCCAGCAGAGCCAUUGGUCAUGUGAUGUCAUCACUGUUCUACCCUCUGCUGACGUUUGCCUUGUUGUCUCUGGUCAUCGCAUACUGGGCCAUCACGGCCGUAUUUUUGUCAACAUCCAAUGAACCGGUGUAUAAGGUUUUCAAUACUACAGAGUGUUCCUAUUUCAGAAAGACCUGCAACCCUGAGACUUUCAACACAUCGAACAUCACCGCUGAAUGUCCUGAUGCUGAGUGUUUGUUCGUUUUUUACGGAGGAGAGACGUUAUAUCACAAGUACCUGAUUCUGUUCCAGUUCUACAAUUUAUUUCUCUUCUUCUGGUGUGUCAACUUCGUGACGGCGCUGGGUCAGGUCACUCUAGCAGGGGCGUUUGCUUCCUAUUACUGGGCCUUUAAAAAACCAGACGAUGUGCCAGCAUUCCCUGUGUUCAACUCUCUGGGACGGGCCCUCAGGUACCAUACUGGUUCUCUGGCAUUCGGUUCACUCAUUCUCGCCAUCGUUCAGAUCAUCAGGGUCAUUCUGGAGUAUCUGGAUCAGAAGCUGAAAGGUGCCCAAAAUAGGUUUGCCAAAUUCCUGCUUAGCUGUUUAAAGUGCUGUUUCUGGUGCCUGGAGAAGUUCAUCAAAUUCCUGAACAGAAAUGCCUAUAUCAUGGUGGCAAUAUAUGGUAAAAAUUUCUGCACAUCUGCCAAAGAUGCAUUCUUCCUCUUGAUGAGAAAUAUUGUACGUGUGGCAGUUCUGGACAAGGUUACCGACUUCCUUUUAUUUUUGGGCAAACUUCUCAUUGUGGGAAUUGUGGGAAUUUGUUCAUUCUUCUUUUUUACGGGCAAGAUUAAGCUAGUGGAGGAAGCAGCUCCGUCUCUUAACUAUUACUGGGUGCCUAUAUUGACUGUGGUGAUUGGCGCCUAUCUCAUUGCACACGGCUUCUUCAGCGUUUACGCCAUGUGUGUGGACACACUUUUUCUCUGUUUCUGCGAAGACCUGGAAAGAAAUGACGGUUCUUCCGACAAACCGUUUUUUAUGUCCCCCGAGCUGCAUAAGAUUUUAUCUCUCGAACUGAGCGCAGAAGAGGCGGAUCGUGCUGAGGUGCCCGUCGUACAUGUUCAAGCUGAAGAGGAAGUCCCGUUGCAGGAGAACGGAGAGGUUCAGCUCAAACAACAAGGCAUGCUUAAGCAAGAACACGAAGAGGAGACCCCGCUAAAUCAGGAGACCCACGUUGAAGAUCCUCCUCAGGAAACGCAACCUGCACAGGUACCUGCAGCUGCAGAGGAGAAACCAGAAGAAGUUACCACGCAAGCGACCGAACCACCCCAAAUCACUGCGCACCAAAACGGACCCCAAGAGGUGGAUGCUGAUGACAAGGAGGAACCGGUGGAACCGGUACCCCCACAGGCGGAGAACCUACAAGAACCGGAGGAACCGAAGCCUCAGGAAAACGGACCUCAGGAGAGUGAGACUCUGCUCACCCCUCAGGAAUAGAUGUGAAAGUGUGCAUGGUGAAGGAGCCUUGAUUUCAUUACUUUGGGAACUUGUGUACUCCGAUUUUAAAGUCGUAACGUUUACUCAAACAAUUGGUCUUGACUAUCAAUUCAUUAAAAAGUCAACACUCAUCGUAAUGGGUGUCGUGACACAAAAAUAAGCAGAAUUAUGUUCGAUUAUGAGAAAAUUGAUAACGUGGACCCUAUACAUGAAUAUCAGUCAUGUGACCUUUUAUGUAAUCCGCUCUUUUUUCAGCUUACUGCCGCCAUCUUGAGUACCUACCGAGUACCAGUAGCAUUAGCUAGCUUGCUACGAUUUACGGAUUUCUUUACUGUCUAUGAUUCGUACAGAUACAGUAAAUAGCUACGAAAGACAACAUUUCGCACCUCGACUGGCCUGAAAAGAAACGCUACUUUCAAAAAAUACCAUCGUUAGGGUGUGAUCCCUACCCGAUCCCUGAAGCGUUCUUCCAGCCACUGUCCGCUGCUACCGAACUACCACUAUAUUUACAACACUAAGAAGGCGCGACACAUCAUGAAACUUUGCUCGAACUAUCACCUGGACCUCUACACAUGAACUCGAGCAUUGAGAACAUUGUUUGUGUACUGGAGGUCAAUAUUGUUUUUCACUUGCGACAAAACAACGAAUUAUCCGUACAUUUAUAUGGAACUAUGCUUUAGGAGCUAUCCAUCUUAACUCUCCUCCCUCCUUAUACCUUACGUUGCAUUUGGAGAUCGAUACAUCUUGACUGGCAAUAUGGCGGCGAGCGGACACCAAAACAGCCAAAGUCAGUUGUUCAAAACCUUCUUUUUAGUAAACUCUAUGUACACAAACAAUGUUCUCAAUGCUCGAGUUCACGUGUAGAGAUACAGGUGAUACUUUGAGCAAAGUAUCAUGUUGUGUCGAGCGUUCUUAGUGUUGUAAAUAUUAGCGAUUUUGAUGCUCACAACAUAUUGAGGGCAUAGCUUCUAGCUCUUUUGCGACCACUUCAGGUACUCAAAAUGGCGGAAGACGAGUUUGAGAUGCGAGUGACGUCAGCUGAUAUUCAUGAAUUAGAUAUGCCUACAUAGCACUUGUAGAACGUGUAUUUGUGUUUUACGUAGAAAGUUUUAACGUAAGGACAUGUUAAAGUGUAGGUGCUCGACUCGUGCCUAAUUAUCGUUACUGAUCAAUGUCUUAAUCGUAUUGACGAAUGCAAAAAGAUUUCGCAGUAUCGCUAUGUUUACAGCAACAACAAACGAGACGCCCUGUUUACAGUGAUACCAGCCAAGACCAAACAAUGCUAUUUUGUAAGUGUAUUUGAAAAUUGUGAUAAUUGCCUAAUGUGAUCAUUUUAUUAUGGAGAUUAACAAAAAAUAAACAAACCAAGUGGCAUCAAAACAGUACCGGCUAAAAAACAAUCAAAGAAAGAAAUGUUUUGCUGUUAUAUUUUGGUCUGCUGUGACUAUUUAUUGUAUUGAGAGUCGCAACAUUUUAAAUGCCUGAUAUUUGUCGCUAUGCCUCUCUGUUGCCUCUUUUCUACCUCUGUUCUUCACUUUUCCCGGUCUUUGCAUGUUGUUAAUGUGAUCUUAUACAGUGCUUUAAUAAACUGAACUCUCUUCUUU